GAAUCCCACAUUUAGCAUGUACAUUCAACUCCGUUGAUUUCAUCGGGUUCAAAACACCUAUUUUAGUGACAUUACUUACUUUUAUUAUUGCUUUAGAAGUAUGUCAUGUUGGUAUGGUAGCUAGGCUACAAUAAAGUGGCUAGCGUUAGAUCAUGCCUAAUUGUAGUUAAGGGCGUAUACACAGGCUAUCCCAAACGAAAUUAUUCGUCAGCGUCGUAUCGUGGUGUAAAGGCUUGGAGGAGGCGUGUCAAGAGUUGGGAAAUACACUUCGCUACAAACUGCAGUGGGACAGCAGUUUCGACAUGCUACAGCUUGUAAAGAAACAUAGGAACGAAGCAACGUAGUUUUCGCGGCCGCCCAAACAAGCUUUGUCAAAGUAAUCUCGUUUCGUUCACAAUCCAGAGGCGUUUAUUUAUCCAAGGCUCUGAGCCUCGUGAGAGAGAAUGUCUUUGGCGGAUCAGAGUCAGGUGUGGUACCCCACCAGCGUACAGGUAACGGUACACCAGGCACGGAACCUUCGGCCGAAGGGUAAGAAUGGCACCAACGACGCCUAUGCCAUCAUGCAGGUUGCCAAAGAUAAGUUCUCCACCUCGGUUUCGGAGAAAUGCGUGUCUCCGGAGUGGAAAGAAGAGGCCACCUUCGACCUACCGCUCUUCCACCACGGCAACAUGGAGCGGUGCACCCUGUACAUUAUCGUGAAUCACCGAGCUUCUAUUGGACUAGACAAACUUCUGGGACAAGCUGUCAUUAACCUGGUUGAACUGCACGAGGAGAAGCCACGCAAUAAGACCGAUUGGUUCAAGCUGCUGGAUAAGAAUGGGAAAGCAGACAAAGACAGGGGAGAGGUGCUUCUGGACAUCCAGUUCAUGAGGAACAAUAUGACAGCUAGCAUGUUCGACCUCUCCGCGCACGACAAGCCCCGCUCGCGCAUCGGCAAGCUCAAGGACAAGAUCCGUGGAAAGAAGAGGGAUGGCUUCUCCGACUCUGCCUCGGCCAUCGUGCCCUCCGUCUCCCAGGGACUGACGGACAGCGAGGGGGAGGGGGAAGCCAAAGCUGGCUCCCCAGGGGUCAAGAAGAAGUCAAAGUUUAAGACCCUCUUUGUCCCCAAGUCAAACCUGCAGCGCAAUGUGUCCCAGUCUAUGUCCACACUAGGCACCCUCCCCGAGAAGAACUCCACCCUCAGUGGCAGUCGCUCCUCAGGCCUCAACAUAGACUCCCCAGAACUGAAAAAGAAGUUUAAGUUCCUGACGCACAAGCGCACAGGCAGCACAGACAGCAAGGGAUCCCAAGGUCCCUUCUCCCUCCUGGGCCGCUCCAAGCAGAAUAUUGCCGACCAGAACAACCUGUGCAUCAACGGCAGCCAUGUCUACGCCGAGGAGCCUGAGGACAAGAUGUCAAAGGCCAGCUCCACCCUCAGCCUCAACAGCUCUGAUCACGGCUCCAUGGAGGACCUGCGCAGGACCCACGCAAGGACCGGCUCCGACCUCUCUACUGACUCCCUCAAGGGGCUGAGCGUGCCUUCCUACAGGUCAGACUUACGAGAGCGCACCCUCCUGCAACAGCAGCGUAAAGAGGAGGAGGAGGACGAGCGCCAGGCAGAGGCCAAGAGGCUGCAGGAGCAGCAGGAGAAGAGGAGGCUGGAAGAAGCCAGGCUGGCAGAAGAACAGAGGCUCCAGGAAGAGGCCCAGAAACAGGAGGCUCUCCGGCAGCAGGAGGAAGCCAGGAGGGCCGAGGAGCUGAAGCAACAGGAAGAAGUCUCGGUUGGUGACAAGCUGUCCUCGUUCUUUGGCAUCAAUAGAAAGAAGGAGGAGAAGAAGGAGGAUGAGAAGCCCAAACCUGCUCCUCCAGUGACAUCCAUACUUCAUCCCUCCAGCAACCCGUUUGAGGAGAUCCCUCUGAGCUCAGGCACUCCAUUUGAUGAGAGCCCUGUGGAACACCAGCGGGGGGUACACAGCCUCCAAUCCCCUUCUGGUGGUUUCCCCAGCCGCACAGCCAAGGUGUCUGCAGUCAAGCCCAGAUUUGUGGAGUCUGAGAAGGCUGAGACUGAUAAAAGCAAGCCCCCCUCCCCAUCUGUCAACACAGACUCUUAUACCAAUCCUUCCUCUCCCCCGUCCCCAUCCCCCUCCAUAUCCUCUGUCUCUAGCAUCUCUUCAGAUACACCUGAGAUGUUCUCAAACAUGCACAACUCCAUGGCUCCUCCCCAAGUUAGGAGGAACUCCACAGAUUUGCUCAGCGCAAGCAAUGAGAACCUGGCCGCUGCCAGUCCCUCUACGAAGCGCCGUGCACUUCUUCCACCCAGCUACCUGAGCUCUGGCAACCCCCCUAUACCUGCCCAGGCAGAAACUCCCAACCCUCUACCAAGACAACACAAAGCAACACCCGGAAGCCACUCUGCUGCUACAGGAGCCAAAGAGGAAAUUGGUGGUACAGGGUACCUAGGACGACAUAGCACCCAAAUUAAUAAAGGACCCACCAUCCCGCUUCCCGAUUACGAUACUCUGUACCCAAAAAGGGUUCAUGGGGUGCAAGGGCAGAUGAAAUGGGACCAUAUCGUUGCAGAGGUGACUCAGAGACAAAGGGAUUAUCCCCCAGAGCUGACCGGCAAGGAGAUGAGCGUGGACAGACCGAGCCAACGCCAAGGUCAGUCCCCUAGGGACAGUUCUGCCCUUCCUGGAAAGACAGUAGGGAACCUCACGCAAGCAGAGUCUGAGGAAGGAGCAUCUCACACAUGGAGAAGAAUGGGAUCGGGCACAAAGCAUACAUUCAGCCCUCCAAAACGCACCACUGCAGCCCCAGAACAAUUGAGCGACGUGGGCAAGAAGCAAGGCAAAAGCACCAAACAGGUGCCGCCAACAAAACCUAACGACCUGUUUUCCUCCCAAGUCUUGGGAGUGACAACGGCUAAGGUCCAGAACAGCAGUGUCCCCCAAGCAAAGCCCCGCUCCUUCAUGGGGGAUGAGAAGAAGCUGCUGAACACAUCUGUGAACCUUGAUAGUGGCAGAAAUGCACUUCCGAAGGAAAGUCAGUGGUCUUCGGAGAGAGUAGGACGGAGUUUGAUUUCAGCAGGUGGUGUUCAUGAAAAUCCUAAUGACCUAGCUAAGGAGGUCCCAUCAGUCACUCCCAGACAACGGUCAGUGAGCCAUAAGUCUGAGAGGGUGUCACAGAUGGAGAGCUCUGCUCCUGUAUUCAGGUCUGCUCAUGAAGAUGAUCUCUCAACUGACACUGUUGGACAGGGACAGUCACAAAGGAUGGGGAAGCUAGGGAACUCAAAUAUGAUAGGGGCUGGUGAAAUUUUCAGAAGUGAACAACCUCGGACUGCUGUUGGUACAGUCUUGGAGAGUAGCAACAUGUUGAAACAAGGCCUUCAGGAGAAACCCAGUGAACCAUUUCCAGCUGUAGAGAAUAUGGAAGAUGACCCAUUUCCCAGUCAGGUCAUUCUGGCCAAAGAUCCAUGGGUGCUGUCUGUGCAGAGCUUUGAGGGGGAUGACCUAUUCACGGGUGGGCCCAAAAGAGAAGUGAAGCCUGAUGAGCCAGGGAUGACUACAGACGAUAUGGAGAACCUCUUCGGACAAAAGGAAAGCGACUCAUUCUCCUAUUUUGAUCACAGUGACCCUGUGGCAAAAUUUCCAGAGCAGGAUAAGACAAAGGAAAAUAGCUCAGCCAAGCACAGUCCUGGUGUCCAGACUUUGUCAUCAAAGAAGAGCCGUGCACCCCUGCCACCCAUGAAGUCCGAUAAUGCUCUAGGGGCAGUAGACCCCUUUUCCUCCUCCUCUCCCCUCCCCAUUACCUCCUCUGUGGUCUCUCCUGAGCCUCUGAAGGCCAUGGAAGGAGAGGUUGCUCCCCAGCCCAGUGGUAUCUCUGGAGGAAAGACCCCACUGCGCGCCUGGGUUUCGCCCUCUGAUGCGCAGACGGUUGCAGUGCUGAGUAGCAGCGGAGGCAUGGCGGUAGGGAAAGGAGGCGAGCCAGCCUCAACCCCACGCAGACCUCACCCAGUGAAGCCUAUGAACUCCCUGGAGAGCCAAGCCCCCACCAGCAUAUCAGUGGGCAGAGAUAUCAAGUCUUCUGUGAUCCGCGAGAAUGUUCCAGAGAAAAUGAAGGUGAGCGGCUUGGUGGAGAGUGGACCCUAUUCCCAGCUGACCCCGGAGGAGCUGAUUUCACUGCUGGUGAAACAGCAGGAUGAGCUCUCCAAGAAGAACGACAAAAUCCUGGAGCUGGAAAACUACAUUGACAACCUGCUGGUGCACGUCAUCGAUGAGAAACCCAGCAUCCUGCUCUCCAUGGCAAAUGCCAAGAAAGCCAUCUAGAGCUUUCCACAGGACAUGGACACCAGGGCUACCUCCGCUGCUUUACCAUUAAUGUUCUUGACCAAACAGAUGGUCAACACUGUUCCUAUUAAUAUUGCAAGUUCUGCCUCUGCUAUUGCUGAAACUUGCUGAUUUGAUUUCUUGUUGCAAAUAUCCAUGGACGGGACAUGUAUAACCAUGGGUGCUCUAUCCCUGGAUUUGCCUUUUCACUACUACUUUUCAGUACUUGCUGUAAUGGCACGAGAAAUUCUACUUACCCCCUACAACUUAGUAGAGUCAGGAAUGGUAUGAUGGAGGAGCUGUGGGUUAUGAUAAAGGUGGCCUUACUGUACAUAGUAGGCUAAGAAUUCUCCUUUUCUGGUGUGUGGGGAGAUUAAAUGAUCUGUGAGAAGGUUUCAUCUGUUCCCAUCUGUUUUCUACCCUAGAUCAUGUGCCCUUUUUUUUUUUUUUUUUUUUUUUUUUUUUUAAAUGUAGGAGUUUGAUUCGUUCUUCUAAACGGUGACAAAUGAAGAAUAAACUCUGCUAUUAAGUGGCAGUCACUAUGAUUGUAAAUCAAUAUGAAAUCAACUCUGUCCACUAUAGUGCUAAAGCGUGGUCCUACACUGACCAUACUGGUGAUUCUUCAUACUCACUUAUUUAAUAAUAUGCUGUAUUGUCAAUUUUAUCACGCUAUAAACUGAAAGGGGUACGAGAUUCACUAUUACUCAUGCCUAUGUGACACACUAUGGUUUUUAAGGUACAGUGUAUAUACUCUUGCAUUUAACCUUUGAAAUAUUUGAUGUAAUGGAACAUUUCUUUUAAGCAGAAAUUCUGUUUGAGGUAAUAUGCAAUUUUAUUUUCUGUAAACACUUUAGAAGGUAAAAUGAAUCACUUUUAUAUACUGUGUAUUUAAGUUAGUUUGUGAUCCUGGUCAUUGGGUGGUGGUUUGUUUCUAUAUUGUAAAUGCAUUUGACUUUGAAGCUGGAUUCAUAUCCAUUGAAAAUAACUGGACAUCUUUGAAUGUCAUGCAUUUUGCGUGUAUCAGCCUUAAAAAUUGAACAUUUUCAGCACGGCUAAGAUGUUCAGGAUUUGAACUCCAUCUUGUACUGGCCUAUAAUUCUGAAUCGUUUCAUCAUAUUCUGCUGAGUAUUCUGCGGGGCUUGUAGCUCUUAUGCAAUAUGAAUAUCAUUUGCUCAGCCUUACUAUAUGCUCAGGUCAGUACCUUGUUUAAUUCAAAGCAAGUUACAAAGUGGUGUGCUUAUCUAAUUACCUUCAUCAUUUCCCCCCCCCCCCCCCCCAUACAAUGCCCUUGUAUGGUUCAGUAUAUCUUGCUGGUUCAGAUAUCUGAUUUUUGUGUGAUCUACAUGCUGCUUAUUUUGAUUUUCAUCUCUUAAGUAAAGAUAAAAGCAAGUUUAAUUGCCCAAGUCAUGAUUUGCCUAACAUCUCUGUAGGUGACAAUUGCAGUAGAGCCGUUGUGAUCUCUUGCACAUGGGCAAAAACUCAGCACCAGAAGAUCACUAAGUGGUAUCACUGGUUUAGCUAUUUAUGAAUGUGUCUAUUGUAAAUCGAGUUAAAAUUCGAGCAAACGGAGCACGUGUUCCAAUCCGAAAAGGCCACGAAUGUGAAUUUUGCUGACUUGUUUCAAAUUAAUAUUUGGAAACAAUACCGUAAUGUGCGUAAUAUGUUUCUUUCUGGAUUAUAGUGUUGUCGUCUUGAAUAUUUCCCAUUUUACAGUGGAGAAAAUAAUAGUUUGUUUGGCAAUCACAUUUGUUGCUGAUUUAACUGUGCCUUAAUUUUUAACAUUUUUACGAUCUGUAAUAUUGCCGGAUUUGCGAAGGAUCUUCAUAUUCGAUUAUAUUCUAUUGAUUUCACCAGAAAUAAAGGUAAGGUACGUUUAUGUAACCUGUGGAAUGUUUCGGUUAUUAUCCCUAUGGUGGAUGUUUUUAUAAGUUUAUGGAGUAUAUCUUCCAGAAGCAUUCUUUUGUGGUUGAGCUUCUACCCUUUCAACUGAAACUGAUUAUUCCUUGUAAAUCCUAAUAAAAAUCUAUUUAUAUUGUGA